CUAACGGCUACCGCACAUGCAAGAGCCUCCUAUUAGGUGACAUCAAACGUUUGUGCCCCUUUUACCUGCCGAAAUUUUGAGAUUUGAAGGUUACCUAUGCAAGCUUGGUCCCACUGGCCCCGUUAAUGAAUUGCAUCGAAUCCUACGCAUAACAGAGCGCAAAGCAGACGCCAGUGAGAGACGCGCAUUCGCCGCCGACAUUACCGACCCGAAGACCCUCUUUGAGCAUCGACGACGACUACGACGACGACGACGUCGUGAAAUCGUAAAUGAGACGGAACUGAGCGACCCAGGCUGACGCCGGCAAAUCCGUGCUACUACCGACCAAGAUUUAGACCAGACCGACAGAGUCGAUCCAUUCUUUUCGACAUGGCGGUCGCUCGCCCGGUGAGGGCGCUGGCGCUGGCCGCCAUCCUGUUGUGGUUUUUCUUCAUAUGGCAGCUCUUUACGCCUUCCUCACCCCGGCCGAAGCCUCUAGGAUCUCUCGAGAGAGAUCCAAAUCUGGAUCCUACGGGCGAGCCCGAAGGCCACCUCGUAUACGCAUCCAAAGACUAUGCGCCAGGCCCCGCCGGCACGGCGCGCAUCAACGCCACGCUGCUUGCGUUGGUACGGAACGAGGAGCUGGACGGCAUGCUGCAGGCGAUGCGCGAUCUCGAGCGGACGUGGAACCACAAGUUCAACUACCCCUGGACCUUUUUCAACGAUGUGCCCUUUUCAGACGAGUUCAAGAAGAAGACGCAGGCGGUUACCAAGGCUGAGUGCAGAUACCACGUAAUCCCCAAGGAGCACUGGGAGGUGCCGUCGUGGAUCAACAACGACCUUUUCAAGGAGUCGGCCAAGAUGCUCGAGGAGCAGAAAGUGCAGUAUGCCAGCAUGGUCUCGUACCACCAGAUGUGCCGAUGGAAUAGCGGCCUGUUCUACAAGCACCCGGCGCUGGCUGACAUGCAAUACUACUGGCGGGUCGAGCCCAAGGUGCACUUCUUCUGUGACGUCGACUACGACGUCUUCCGCUACAUGCAGGACAACAACAAGACGUACGGCUUUACUAUUAACUUGUACGAUUCCCCGCAGUCCAUCCCUAAUCUCUGGCCCGAGACGCUCAAGUUCCUCGCCGAGCACCCCGAGUACCUGCACGAACGCAACGCCAUGAACUGGCUGACGGACAAGGAUCGUCGCCCCGAGCACAACAAGAAGGCCAACGGCUACUCGACCUGCCACUUUUGGAGUAAUUUCGAGAUCGCCGACAUGAGCUUCUGGCGGAGCAAAGCCUACGAGGACUACUUUAACCACCUCGACCGGGCUGGCGGCUUCUUCUACGAGCGAUGGGGUGACGCGCCUGUUCACAGCAUUGCCCUGGCUCUCUUUGAGGACUCGAGCCGCAUCCACUGGUUCCGAGAUAUCGGAUACCAGCAUAUUCCAUUCUUCAACUGCCCCAACUCGCCCAAGUGCAAGGGCUGCGUGACGGGCCGCUUCACUGACGGCGAAGCUUUCCUUUACAAGGAAGAUUGCCGGCCUAACUGGUUCAAAUAUGUUGGCUAUGGCUGAGGCGACGACCGGCCCCUUUGGCUUGGAGAAACGAGGUAUUACCGAACCGGUCCCGAUUCCGAGCUGCAAACUGAGAGCUGAGACCCCCCUGGCUGGCGCCUUCCAGUGCACAGUGACUGUUAUGGGGGCUAUGGUUCCGAGGUAUUGAAACAUAUGUGAAUACGAUGGUGUCUGGCGCAGGCGGUAUAGUUCUAGUCGCUAAUCAUGUAAUCUACAUCACGGUGGUUUGGAAAGGGGAAAAUGGCAGGUUGGAUGGAUAGACGUUAGAAUCGGGGGGAGAAUGCGGGCAGGACGAUAGAAGAUCACGGCCGCCCACCUCCGUGAUAUCUUCCGAUUAAGACGUAUAUGUCU